AUGAAGACACUGUUUGAGGAGAUCAAAGCAUCAAUUAAAAAUAACUAUAAUCAAGAUCGCUCAUUUUGGAGGCCUGUUCUUCCUUGGGGAGGUGUUUUUACUAUCAAAGCUGGCCGCAAAGCAGUAUCCUGUACACCACUCUAUGUUGAAAUAAGACUGAAAAAUACCUGCACCAUAGAUGGAUUCUUGAUGUUAUUAUAUGUCAUUCUUCAUGAAAAUGAAAAUUUUCCCAGGGAACUCUCUCUUCAUUUAGGUAGAGAAUUUGUAGACUGUUUUCUUUAUUUAAUGGACACCUACAGUUUUACAACUGUGAAGCUACUUUGGAUUUGGGACAAGAUGGAAAAACAGCAAUAUAAAUCUGAAGUUUAUAAAGCUUCAUUAAUAAUUGAUUUGUUUGGAAAUGAACAUGAUAAUUUUACAAAAAAUCUCGAAAAUCUCAUGUCUACCAUACAAGAGAGUUACUGUUCCAAUUGGCGAUGCCCAAUUCGAGUGCAGGAAGAUCAGCAGCGUACAAUUAAUAUAAAUCCUCCCCAAGAAAUUCCACAUGGAAACUUGAUACGACUGGCUGUGGAUGAGUUAUUCUGUUCUAGGAUUGAACUGUGUGAAGAGCAGGGGUGUGGUGGCUUAAGAGAAUUCUCCCAACGAGUUUUCUGCCAUGGGGCACCUCCUUUUGUUGUCUUAAAUAUGCAGCAUUGGAAAUCUGAAGAUCUGGCAUAUGUACCCUAUUAUUUGGAUUUAUCUGAUCACAAGUAUUUAUUGGAAGGUGCCACAUUAUUUAACAAAGAGGAACAUCAUUAUUCUGCAGCUUUUCAAAUUGAUGGACAUUGGAUGCAUUAUGAUGGCCUCAGAAAUGUGAAUUUAAUUUUGUUAAAUAAACCCCCAGAGUUUCUCCUCUUGUCAUCAUUGGUUUAUAUUCGAGCAGCAGAGAAAUAA